GUCGACAUUACUUGUAUCUUUCUCCAACUUGCUUCUGUCUCAAUACAUCAGAUGGUUCUGUCUGAUUCUCAUAUUUAAUUCCCACUCGUGUUUUCGGUUUGCGAGAAUUCUGCGUUUUUACUGAUCCCGAGGACAUCUUAGACCCAAAUGUUCUUCAUCGAUGUUCUUUGGAAACUGGUUCCUCUAUACUUGUUCGGAUCAGAAACAGAUUCUCUCUCAGCAACAGAGUCCAUUUUGCAGAUAGUUCCUGAGGCAAUGGCUGCUACUUCAUCUAAUGUUCUUUGCAAUGCUAACGAGUCAGACCUUUGCCGUGAUGAUUCCGCUGCGUUUCUACUUAAAUUUGUAGCCAUUGCUUCGAUUCUAUUAGCUGGAGCUGCAGGUGUAACUAUACCACUCAUUGGCAGGAACCGUCGGUUCCUUCAAACCGAUGGUAAUCUCUUUGUGACUGCUAAAGCCUUUGCAGCUGGUGUGAUUCUUGCCACGGGUUUUGUUCAUAUGUUGGCUGGUGGCACGGAAGCGUUGAAGAACCCGUGCUUACCAGAUUUCCCUUGGUCUAAGUUUCCGUUUCCGGGGUUCUUUGCGAUGGUUGCUGCUUUGAUCACUCUGUUUGUGGAUUUCAUGGGGACGCAGUACUAUGAACGGAAGCAAGAGAGGGAAGCUAGUGAGUCUGUUGAACCGCCUGGCCGUGAACAAUCACCGGGUAUUGUUGUUCCCUUGGUUACAGAAGGAACGAAUGAUGAGAAAGUGUUUGGAGAAGAAGACAGUGGUGGGAUUCACAUUGUUGGCAUUCAUGCUCAUGCUGCUCAUCAUAGACAUAGUCAUCCUCCUGGUCAUGGUUCAUGUGAAGGACACAGUAAAAUUGACAUUGGUCAUGCUCAUGGACAUGGGCACGGGCAUGGACAUGGACAUGGACACGGGCACGGACACGCACACGGGGGUUUGGAUCUCGGAAAUGGAGCUAGGCAUAUCGUUGUUUCGCAGGUUCUGGAGCUUGGAAUUGUGUCACAUUCCAUAAUCAUCGGUCUAUCCCUUGGAGUAUCUCAGUCUCCUUGCACAAUCCGGCCUCUAAUCGCAGCACUAUCCUUCCACCAAUUCUUUGAAGGAUUUGCACUGGGUGGAUGCAUCUCCCAAGCGCAAUUCAGGAACAAAUCAGCAACCAUUAUGGCUUGUUUUUUCGCCCUCACAACCCCGAUAGGGAUCGGGAUUGGAACCGCAGUAGCGUCGUCUUUCAAUUCUCACAGCGUCGGAGCAUUAGUCACUGAAGGUAUCUUGGACUCGCUCUCAGCCGGAAUUCUUGUUUACAUGGCUUUAGUGGAUCUCAUAGCUGCUGAUUUCUUGAGUACAAAAAUGAGCUGUAACUUUAGGCUUCAGAUAGUAUCUUACAUAAUGUUGUUCCUGGGAGCUGGACUCAUGUCUUCCCUUGCCAUUUGGGCUUAAUUAGACUCUUAAGAUUCCAUAGUUUCUACUAUAUAGCUACAACAAUAUGUAUAGUUCUUUCUAGAGUUUUAUCAAUCUAAGAUUUCACAAUUGCUCGCAAAUCGGUUUUUUCUUGAUUCUUUGAUGAUUGUUGAGGUCAAAAGAAGAACUACAAACUCAUAGGUACCUAGACUUGACGAAA